AUGGCAUCCGAACUCGAACCCCGCAGUAUUCUUUUGCAGGAGCCCCUUAAACAGGCGCACUCUCAACGAAGUACCUUUGUGAUCCCACCAUUCGAGCUGCCUGACCCAGAUACUCCUAUCGACUUCCCUCACUUCAUAUAUUACCCUCCUAUCAAUCCCUUAUGUGCAGUCAACAACGAUCUCGCUCACCGAUCUAGCACAUUGCGUAUGCCAAAAUACAUGGGUCAGAAGAACCUGGCGAGGAUCUCGGCCAAACAGCGUGAUCGCAACCGCUUCGUCCUUGGAUAUCCCUUGGACCGUCGACGCGUGUUGCAGCGAGGGAUGUUCGAAGGGUUUGCCAUCGAUGCGGUCGGCGAGGAUAAUGCGACAGAACGUUUCGAGCUUCUCCUUGCGCGCAUCUGUGGUAUCGACACGGACAAAGACUGUCACCCUGUGCUCAUGGCGGAUGGUACUUCGGCGCUUUGCGUCACCUUCGCGCAAAAUUUGACUCGUGAAUCCAUGAGUGUAGACGUUGUGAAGUUGGAUAGGGUGAAGAAGUUUUUGGGAACGACGGAACAUCCGCGCUGGUACAAGUAUGCCUGGGACUACUUCCACGAUGAUAGCGAUGAUGAAGGGUUCUAGGGACAUGUCGUGCAAUAUUAACUUCUGUAUGAUGCAUCUCAGCUCUUUCUCGUGCUCAUCCUAACUUUCUCGAAUGGCCUUCAUCUGUAUAACUAAUACCGC